AUGUCCCAGUAUACCGUAUCCUCUACCCCUGUCUCCCAAAAGUUUCCAGGCUCCCAGAGCUCUUCUAAGAGCUAUGCCUCUUCUAGAGAAACAUUUCCUGUAGAAUCAGAGGAGUCAACUCCCCUGCCCUCAAUUACUGAGCGCCUAAACUUCAUCUGCCCAUCCAAAGAACUGUUGGAGUAUUACCGAAGAAAAGUACUUGAGUUUGAUGAACAAAAUGAAGAACUAUUUAGGAAACUGGAAAAAUAUAGCCUCAUAUUCAAGGACCGGCAACAACUGGAGUUGGAAAUCCAGCAGAGGGAGGAAGAGAUUGCUGAGUUACAGAAGGCCCUAAGUGACAUUCAAGUUUACCUCUUUCAAGAGCGCGAGCAUGUAUUACGCCUCUACUCAGAAAAUGACCGAUUAAAAAUCAAGGAGCUAGAAGACAGAAAAAGGAUUCAGCAUCUCUUGACUCUAGUGGGAACAGCUUCUAGAGAAGUAACCUAUUUUCACAAGGAACCUCUACACAAAGUCACUGUUCCCCAAAAGACGGGUCUUUUCAUGCAGCCACAUGAACAAGAGUUCAUUUCCAGAGCAGGUACUAAGAGAAUCUUGGGAAGAUCAAUAAAAGAGACACCAGAAAGUCCUGAGAAAUACCAAAGGGACAAUCAGACACUUGUGCUACAGGUGGAAGCUCUGCAAGUUCAGCUUCAAGAGCAGACCAAACUUUCCAGAGACCAGAUUGAAGGGCUCUUAGAAGACCGACGCAUCUAUAUGGAAGAAUCUCGGGUUCAGCAUGAGAGAAACCAGGAGAGGAUCAAAACGCUGUCAGACAAUCUCCAACAAACCCAGGAAUUCCUCUUUGAGAGCACCAAGGACUUCCUGCAACUCAAAUUUGAAAAUCAAGAUAAAGAGAAGGAAUGGGCGACUGAAAAGGACCACUUACUUUGGAAAUUGGAACAAUACAAAAAGCUGCAGGAGCAGGAGAAACAUUUUGAUGAGGAGAAAUGUCAGCAACAGGCAGUCGCCUCUCUCCUGCCAGCUGUACAAGAGUUUCAAGAGGAGCAAAAUGCAUAUGCUCAGAGCCUAAAAGACAAAUUGUUUCAAGAACAGAAGUUGUCCUGCAUGUACCAAGAGCAGUGUGUCGCUCUGGAGGAGGAGCUGGCUCGAAUUCGAGAAGAAGAUGAUAUGAGGCAAAAGAUCUUCAAGGACCGUAGUGACAAGAUGGGGAAGCGUAUGCAAGAGAUGGUGCGUCGGUACGACAGUCUGCAGGAUCGUCGUCAGCUAGAAGUGGAGGGCUUUAAGACAGACAUCAAGACCCUUCGUGAGAAACUGAAAGAAGUCGAGCAAAUGCUCUAUGAGGCAACAUUAACUAUUCGACCAGACCAAGAUCUUGACAUUCUUACUGAGGUUCGUAAGAGCAACAAACGGACUGUUAAGAUCCAAGGGGAACUGAAGAACCUCAAGGCCAAAAUAUAUUGUUUAGAGAAUGAACUUCGGAAAUGUUAA